GUUUCUCGCUCCUCUUUUCCCCCUCCUCUUUUUCCCCCCGCUGGGCGUGACGUGCCGCCCUCAUCCAAUCCGAUCUUCCUUGAGUGUCGUUGAAGACCUUCGCCUCGGCUUCCCUCGAGAACACAGGACUGAGCAACGGUGCCGGCGGCAGCAGCAGCAGGAGCCGAAGCCGAAGCCGAUCAUGAUGCUUUUGCCGGGUUUGAUCUCUCUCGCCAUCCCCGCCUUGUCGGCAGCCGAGCUCUCCCUCGUGUCAUUUGACAAAAAGUUCGACAGCCUUAUAGCCAGCAAGAAGCCAGAGCUAGUGGGAGAGGGCUACUCGUGGACGGAGGGCCCCCUGUGGGUGGAUUCCCUCAAGGGCGUGCUCUUCACGGACGUUGAGGAAGCCGUUGUCCGCCUGUACCAGGAGGGCGACGUGACGGAAUUCCUGCUCGAGAGUGGAGGGGUGGCGCUGGGCGACGGCGGCAGGAAGGAAGUGGGCGCCAACGGGCUGGCGCUGCACCCGUCCAAGGAGGACUCGCACCUCUAUCUCGCGCAGCACGGGCUGCGGCAAGUGGCGAGGCUGGAUAUCAGCAAGGUCUCUGAGGACGGUACCGUCCCUGCCUCCGCCUUUCAGGCCAUUGCAACCGAGUUCAACGGCACGAGUCUCAACUCGCCCAACGAUCUGGCCUUCACGUGUGACGGCGACCUGCUGUUUACCGACCCCCCUUAUGGCCUCACACCCAAGGGCGGAGAGGACAAGGACGAGCUGUCCGACCUUGGCUUCUUCGGCGUCUACCAUGUGGCUGCCAAGGCCCUGAAGGACCCCAAGUCCCUCCCCGCCUCCCCCACUCUUCUGUACCAGCACAUCAGCCGCCCCAACGGCAUCGGCGUGUCGCCCGAUGGCAAGUGGCUCUACGUCGGCGAGUCGGGCAACGACAUGCGGUGGCUGGCUUUCGAGAUCAAGUCCACCAAGCCGUUCACAGUGGGCGAGCCCAUGCUUCUGGUCGACACAGAGGAGAGGAAGACCGCAACGGAGACCGAGGACGGGGGGUCUGUGGAUGGGCUGGACAUCGCAUCAGACGGCACCAUCUUCGCAUCGGGGCCGUCGGGCGUCUACGUCAUCGCCCCGCCCAAGGGGUACCCCAAGGCGGUUCCGAGCAGCGACGAGCGGGAGGUCACCGCAGCUGGUGAGCCGAUCAACAAGACACUGGGCUCCAAGGUGCUGGGCAAGAUCGAGAUCGGCGUGCCGGUGUCCAACGCUCACAUUGGGGCGGAUGGCUACCUGUACAUGACGGGCACUGAGAGUCUGUGGCGCGUCAAGCUGAGUUCCUCGGUGAAGCCGGCGUCUUGCUCUAAAGGUGGGGGGAUGGGGAUGAGCAAGGGAGGGGGAGAGCUGUGAAGAGAGAGAGGGAUUGAGAGGGAGGGAGAGGGAGAGACGCGAGGCUGUACGGCUGUGUGUUGUUUGCGAAAAGAAGCUGUGAAUAUACUGUGACAUGUGAACGUUCCAAAGACUCUUCUCUGUCUGUCAAUGUGUGUGUGGUUCUCGCCUUCAGCUUUGCGUUGAUAUCAACCGAUGCCGUCCGUUCAGCACCACCGGGGCGGCGCGACGG